GAGGGCACCAAAUGAAAGUGGUGAAAAUGGGUUCAACUUGUUUUUUUCCCGAACAAAUCUAAACAGUAGAUACCUGUCGAAGCCUCAGGCCCCGCUCUCGUCUGUUGAACUCGAGGAACGGGAAGAAGAAGAAGAAGACAAAUCCAGAGCUCCAUGGAUCCAGAGGAAGCUAAGGCCAAGCUUUCAUCAGUGUCACGAGAACUUGGUCAUGAGAUCCGUGUAUUCACAAAUCCAGCAACUUCAGAAACAUCUAAUGCAGCAUCAGCAUCUUCUGUUGAAGAACCAGAUGAUUUCUAUGAUUUCACCCCUGAAGAUUAUUAUCGGGUCAUGUCUGACAAAUUGGGAGCACAGUCCCAAGUUCUGAAGACUCGUAAGAUGAGGGAGGCAGAAAUAGCUGCUCGGAGAGCAAGAAUAACCAAGGCUGUAAUUAGGGUACGGUUCCCUGAUAAUUACAUUCUCGAGAUUAAGUUUAACCCUUCAGAAAAAAUUCUAAGUUUAAUGAAUCUGCUUGGGAAAGUAGUUGCUCGACCAGAUUUGCCAUUUUAUAUAUAUACCACACCUCCAAAGGAGCGGAUUAAAGACAUGUCCAAGGAUUUCUACUCAGCUGGGUUUGUUCCUGGAGCUAUUGUUUACUUUUCAUAUGACGUGCCAAAAGAUUCUGAUUCUUAUAGUGCUGCAAAUCUUGGGCCUUAUCUUCAGGAUGAUAUUCUGUCUCUGAACGGGUUGGAUUUUAGUUGUGAACGAGUAAGUCCUGUUAGGUCAGUCCCCGAACCAGCUGUCAUGGAGACUUCUGCUGUUCCAGAGCCUAAGCCUGCUGCUAAGAAGCCUACGAAGCCUAAAUGGCUUAAAUUGUAAACCCAUUGCAAUAGCAGAAGCAAAGUUGAUGUUAUCAGUGUUUUGAGUAAUGGCCAAGUUUGAAUUAUGAUCCAUGUGAGAGGUCGACAUCUAUGCUUGGAUAAGCCAUAGGGCUGCCUUGUGCAUAAGGUCGCAGCCAUUGCGGUUUCUGGAAGGAUCAGGACACAGCCUUGGUCCAGUCAAAGCAAGAAAUGUGUUUCACCAACCCCUGGACCUCCAGGCUAGGACGUAGAGUAAGACUCAUGAAUGGAAUUCAGUGUCCUGUUGCCUGUGUUUUGGAGUUCAGCAAGUCAAGGCAUUUUAUGGACACUCAUAUAAAAGAUCUAUUGAUAAAAAAAGAUGCGUGUAGACGGAUAUACCACACUGAAUUUUGUGAAAUGACAUUCUGUAUCCCAUAUCUUAUAUGAAGUUUUUAGGAAUUGAAGUGGCAAAGAUAUGCUUACACGUGUUUCAUUUCUUGUGCUUCUGUACUGUGCACAACUAGAUCUCAUAUUUCUCCCUAUAUUUUUCUUUGUACUGUUACCAUAUUUAUAUUUCUGAAAGAAAAAAGUGGUACAUAUGCCUUGCUGUUGAUUUUUGACUUUGAUCAUUAUGAUACUAAACUAGGCAUUUAUAGAUUAUCAUUGGCAAUUGUGAGUUUGUAGGUUAAGAGAGUAAAUCUGGUCAUAGUUGUGAAAUCAUUUCAUCUAAAUUUAUAUUGACCAAGGAAACAUCUGAUUUCUGCAAUAUAAGAUCGAUAGAGAGAUUUUUUAUAGGAUGGAAUAAAUUGGCAUCCCUAUGUUUGUGAGUUUGUGUAAUCACUACUUUACAUUACAAUGAGGAGUUGGGAGGUAUUUCACAAUGAAACCGGCAGGUACAUCUGUAAGUUGGUUGUCAAUAUGUUUCCUUUUUCUUGGUCUACCAAUAUGAAUCCUUUUUACUAAUACUAUUCUGUAAGUGACAUUUUCUUCAGUUAAGUAGUUAACUAUGUUCAUCCUCUUUUACACCACAAACCAAAUUUGUUCAGUCUAUUUCCCACUAUAGCAUUUUAAACUGCAAUUCCAUUGGUCCUAAUGUGUACGGCAAUUGCUCUGUUUGAGGGAAAAAUAUGUAUUUUGAUGACCAAGUUGAGAAGUUAAGUAUCUCACUUGAAAGUUCAAAUAACCAUUCUGUUCUCUUUAAUUUGCUAAUAAUAGUUGCUCUCUUGUGUCGAUCUAUGCAAAAGUGAGGUUAAAAUAAUAUUGUGAUUGUAGAACAUAUGUAGGUUGAUAGCUAAACUAUGUUUUAUCUAAGAAACUUGUCUCUAGGUCCCUUGAAUUCAACAGGCGACUAGUGGAUGCAUACAGAAAAAAGAUAAACCUUUUCUCAAUACAGAUAUUUUAAGUAAAUAGAAAGUGAAAGGAAUGAAAUAUUAUGAAAAUAAUCUAUAUCAAUUCAACUCAUCCUGUACAUAAUUGAUUUAUAGGUCGAGGCAAAGUCAUUCAAAUGUGUGCACUUUUACAACUUUUAAGGGACUCAAAUACUAAUUCUAACAUACGGUAAAUCUGAUGAAGGGAAGAAAAUCUUCUCAUUAUUCUUCCAAAUAAAAAAUUUCAAAGGUUGUAACUUGGUCAGUUGACGUAAGGUGUCUGUAGGCUCUGCAAGUGUAUGUAAAGUCAGUAAGUCUCUAAAAGUAUCCUCUCCAACCUUACAUGUGUUACUUUUAUAAGCCUCAGCAGUCCAAUUAUGUUAUACGAGAUAGUGUAUUGAACAAAAAUUGAAAUGAGAGCUUACAUUUUCAUUAGGUAUUUGUAUUGUUACUUUUAUAAAGCCUCAGCCGUCCAAUUAUGUUAUACGAGAUAGUGUA